AUGACCGCUCAACCACAGGCGCCACCGUCUAAUCCAUCCGUCUUUGACCCUUCAUCGCCCAGCUCUAUCGACUUCAAUUUUCCCUUCACGGGCAGUCCCAAUGGCAGCAGCAAUAGCGGGAUCGAAUACCCCCCGGACAUUCGGCUGAGUCAUGGCCAAAGCCUUCCAAACCGAGGCUCAGGCCCUGAGGCUUCCCGGUUCCCAUCUGGUAGAGUACCCAGCCCGCAGCAUCGUGCCAGUCUGGCAAGCAUCGACUCGGCAUUUGACCACGAUCUCUUCGGCGCUGCAGCCCUGAGACAAUGGACGACAACUGGGUCGGCGAAUCAAGCAGUGAGUAAUGCCGAAUCUUCGCCUAAAAAGGCAACCGAGCAGGAUGCGGGCAAGAAAUCUUCAGCGGAAGAAGAGAAGCCGGCGCCAGCAUGGAGUGAGUUGAAGACCAAGGCUGGCAAAGAAAGGAAAAGGUUGCCAUUGGCAUGUAUCGCCUGUCGACGUAAGAAAAUCAGAUGUUCGGGCGAAAAGCCCGCCUGCAAGCACUGUCUCCGGGCCAGGAUACCGUGCGUCUAUAAAGUGACCACGCGAAAAGCCGCUCCUCGCACUGAUUACAUGGCCAUGCUCGACAAACGUCUGAAACGGAUGGAAGACCGAGUCAUCCGCGUCAUUCCCAAGGACGAGCUUCCGGACUUAUCCACGACUGGCCGAGCAUCUGUGCGACCCCCUCUGCCUGGCCAGCCACCCAAGAAGCAGAAGGACAAAGAGCAGCCGAAGAAACGAUCAGCAGACGAAGCCUUUGCCCAGGAACUGAACGAUUGGAGGACUGGCAGGGACAACAAAUCGACUCUGUUCGAUCCAGCGGUAGAUUUGCGCAAGCAGCGCGAGGGCGAAAACAAACUAUUCAUUGAAGGCUCUGAAUCCCUACCACCACAACAUAUACAGGAACAUCUGGCCGAGGUGUUCUUCGACUGCGUCUACGGUCAAUCGUAUCUUUUACUGCACAAACCCAGUUUCAUGCGCAAACUAAAGGCGGGCACGAUCCCGCCUGUGCUGAUCUUAGCAGUGUGCGCCAUCUCCGCUCGCUUCUCAACCCACCCGCAAGUCAGCACCGAACCGGCCUUUCUGCGAGGUGAACAAUGGGCGACUCCUGCCCGACGCAUCGUUGAAAAGCGCCAUUACGAACCCAACAUAACCAUCCUCACGGCCAUGUUGAUGUUGGGCCUCCACUAUUUCGGCACGUGUGAGGGAGGUCUGUCGUGGUCGUUCGGAGGGCAGGCCAUGCGAAUGGGCUAUGCGCUGCAACUGCACCGUGAGCUCGAUCAUGAUCCGCUUGGGAGGAUCCAAAUCGCCAAUUCCUCCAACAGCGACGUCGCCAACAAUUCCAAUAACAACAAUAACAAAAAAGGGCCCAAACCGCUUGAACUGUCCUUUACAGAUCGCGAAAUCCGUCGAAGAACAAUGUGGGCCUGCUACCUAAUGGAUACGUUUAAUUCUUCCGGGAGUGAACGGCCUUCAUUCCUGAACGAAGACUACUUCCAGAUCCAACUACCCAUCAAAGAAUCCCAUUUCCAGAUGGAAGUCCCUGGUCUGACCGAAGACUUGGACGGCAACGUACCGAUGUCCAAGAAACGCAACAAUGGCAGCAGGAAUAGCUCGCAACUUGUGGACAUUGAUGCCUCAGCUGCCGCAGCCGAGGACGCGGCCGAGGCGAAAGCCAACAUGGGAGUAGCAGCAUACAUUGUCCGCGGCGUGGUUUUGUGGAAAAGGAUUGUCAAGUAUUUGAACCUGGGAGGCAGAGAGAAAGACCCUCAUCCGAUCUGGGACCCGUUGUCGCAGUUCGCCGCGCUACAGCGACAGAUCCAGCAGCUGAAAUCGUCUCUACCGCCCGACCUGACCUACAACGCCGAGAAUCUGGCCAUGCACGCCUCUGAGCGGCUUGCAAACCAGUUUCUGUUUCUGCACAUCGUGCUUGCGCAAACGUCUCUGUUUCUGCAUCGCUUUGCCAUCCCGACCCUGCCGUCCCAUCGGCCGCACCACCAUCAUCUCAUGGCCACGGGCAUGCCCAAGUCGUUUCUCAGCACGUCCGCCACCACGGUCAUUGAGUCGGCCAAUCUGAUAUCCACUAUUAUAGCCGAUUCCGCAGGGCAUACCUUUACCGUGCCGUUUGCCGGCUAUUGCGCAUAUGCCGCGGCUACCGUGCACGUCUGGGGCAUUUUCAGCAAGAAUCCCGGCCUCGAGGCCUCGUCCAAGGAGAAUCUGCGCCAUAACUACAAAUACUUGACUCGCAUGAAGCGAUAUUGGGGCAUGUUCCACUACAUGGCCGAAUCGAUCAAGGACAACUAUCGCGCCUUUGCGGACUUCGUUUUGCGCCAGUCCCAGAUGGGUAGACCAGGUGUCAACCCAGGGCAGUCUUCGUCAUGGCUUCGUAAACAGCCGUCCGCGGGCAGCGAUCCCUCCGGCGGCAAUGCCAACUCGACGUUGGACCUUGACGCGGCAGCGGGACUCGGCCUGGGUCUGACUACCAAUCCACCCUCUCGGUCUGAAACACCGGGCGCCGAUGGCAGUGGUGGUAACGAUAAAGGCGCGCAAACGGCCGCAUCGUCGGCCGGGUCGGGCAAGGCCAUGUUCCAGUACGGCGACUGGUUCGACAAAUACCCGCACGGGGUCAGCGAGAGCGAGUGGGAAAAAUCACACCUGGAGUAUCGCCGUGAAGCCGGCGGUGCCGCCGCGGAGGCCGUCAUGUCCCAACGCAGCGAUCUACAGUCGGUUGAGGAGUUCUUUGCCAGCCUCAGUCCUCCCAGCAAGGCGGACGAUGGGCCAGGCGGAGCCCGGGGCAAGAAGGUCGCCAGACGGCGCGGUAAAAGCGUGGCAGAAAACAAAAAGGGCAACAGUGGAACGGCAACAACGGCGGGAAAUACUGCUUCUGUUUCUGCUUCGUCUACAGCAGCUGGAGCUGCGUCCAAGUCUGUACGCCGCCCAUCGCAAUCACAGCCACAACCACCGCAACAACCACAACAGCAACCUAAGCAGCAGUUGCCUGGUCCUGCCACAGACCUCGACCUAGCACGCACGUUCAACCCUGCCGACUUCGACAUCACGUCGCCCUCGCUGUAUCACACGCCACAAUUCCCCGGUGGUCAACCUCAUUCAAAUGACCCAUACAGCUAUGGGACGACGGCAUCGCCACAUCUAGGCCUUCAUUUCGUGUCUACCCUCCCAGCCAUCGACCGACAAAUGGUAUUUGGAGCAUAUGCAAACAUCGAUCCCUCGACACACACCAAUACCGGAACCUCCGCCAUGGACAACGUCAACCCCAGUUCACCCUCGAUGGGCACAUUCGGCGGCUCCAAUCCUUGGGAUCAACUGGAUGUCCAUGGUUUCGGAAUGCACGAUCCCCUCACGGGAGGUGCGGGUGGAAUGAUGGACACGAGUUCCUCGGCCUGGAUGUUGCCAUUCAACAUUGAGCCACCCAGUUACGGCGGUAUGGAAGAUUUCGGCAAUACGGCGUUGGAUGGAAUGGACUUUGGCGACAUGACUGGCGGUGAUGGCGGGGACGGAGGAGGAGUACAAUAUGCAGACCAUCAGAGCGGCAGUGGGUAA